CACUCCCUUCCAAACGCCCCCUUAUUCUUUUCAAUUGGGUACAUUGUCGGCCCAUUCUAAACCAUCCAAAUCGGCCAAAGAAUCAACUCUAGACUCUCGAUCCAAUCCGCGAGGCUUGCAACCACCGGCGACCCAUCUCCGGCCACUUACGUCAUCCGGCCACCACCUCAGGCCACUUGCGAGUCGUGACCAGCCCUGCACCGCUGCCACUAUCUCCUCGAUACCCUGUUUCCCUUUCUCAUCCUCACUGGUAGUGCCCUGUGUGCUCGGCGAUUUAUGUUUCUUGGUAUAUUCUACAAGAUAACUGGCCAAGCAAACCAUUUAACUGUGCAAUUUCGUCAUUUUUCUAAAACCCAAAAUGUGAAUAAGGUAACAUUGUACCUUGAGAGGGCGAGGCUCAUUGAUUCUAUACGUCUCUGUCUUCGAUCAGACUCUACAGAGUGUCUUUCCAAACUCCUAAGGAGCCCUUCUUUAGACUCUUUUGUAGUGACAAGUGCUCUGCGUUCAGCUCCCUCUCCUGAAUCUGCAUUGCUUUUUGUUGAAUCUCUAAAAGAAAUUUCUCAUUUCUCGCUACUACGAACACCCUCUAUGCAUUGGCCAAGAUUCUUGCCAAAUCGAGGCAGAAGGGUAAACUACAAGCCCUGAUUAAUGGUAUUAACACAGGCAAGUUCACAAAUGUUGCGCAUGUCAGUUAUAUGGACCGUAUGCGCUGGUAUGCUGCCGCCGGAGACCUUGAUGAGGUUAACAAUGUAUGGAACAAAUGGAAGUCUGCUUUGCAAAAGCAUCCAUGCACAGAAUCUUACAACAUCAUAAUGGACCUUUCUGUUCAUAAGGGAAGGGAUGUUGAUGCUGUGAAGGUUUUCAAUAGGAUGAUAAAUGAUGGGGCACUUCCGAAUUCCAGGACAUACACUGUUAUAAUUGAUCAUCUUGUAAAAUCUGGGAAAUUAGAUUCAGCUGUAGAAGUUUUCAGGAUCUUACCCCAGAUGAGGAUAAAGCGCACACUAAAGCAGUACUCCAUCAUGGUGGGAGCAUUGAUCAGCAAUAAUAGGUUAGAUGCCAUUAAAGAUUUGCUUGAAGAAAUGAGGGCUGAUGGAAUAUUGCCCGGUCGGGCCAUGCAUUGGUCAUUGCAACAAAUGCAGGAGGCAGGUUAUGAUGAGAAGAACAUCAAUGAAUUGAUCAGAAAAAUGCUUCCAGACGGCAGGAUUAAGAGCAUUUCUUAUUGCUCAGGUGAUGCUGAUGGGGAUGAUGACGAGGAAGAAAAUGCUGAAGAUGUUUCAGACCAAUGUCAUUUGAAACCAUGGAUGGACCCCGCUGCUCUUGCUAGCGCCUUGCGGAACUGGGGACCUGAUGAGGUUGCAGCAUUGGAGGAUUCAAGAUUUGUGUGGACAACUCGGUUAGUGAGCAAGAUAAUCAGAAGCUUUAACUCUGCAGAAACAGCCUGGCAAUUCUUUUGCUGGGUUGCUCAUCAACCAGGAUUUACUCACGACAGUUACACAGUAUCCAGGAUGAUUGCCAAGUUGGCUCGGCAUGGCUGUGUCCAUUUAGUCAAUGAACUUUUGUCCAAGAUGGAAAGAGAAGGGUUGGUGAUGUCAUUUAGCACUCUCAGAUUAAUAAUUGAUUUCUAUGGGAUUUCUGGCAAUGGUGUUGCCGCCCUAAAGGUCUUCCGCAAUGCAAAAGCGGUCUGUGGUCCAGUCCCCGAAAACCAUCUGUUGUUUCUGUAUUCCUCUCUUUUGAGGACAUUAUCAAAAUGCAAAAUGGACGAUGAUGUCACCAACAUCCUUGAAGAAAUGGUCCUGCUUGGGAUAUUUCCGGAUAGGCAGACGUUUUCUGGGCUGAUGCACCAUUUUGCCCUUCAAGGGGACAUCAAAACAGUGCAGAGGCUGUUUGGGAUGGUCAGGCAGAGCGGAGUCGAGCCCGAUGGUUAUAUGUACAAGGUUGUUAUUGACGCGUAUUGCAAGUGUGAGAGGGCUUCUCUUGGACUGAGAGUUUUUGAGGAAAUGUGCAGUUACGGACAACAAUUGGCCGAUAUUGCCACUAAAGACUUGCUUGUAAAGAGCCUUUGGAAAGAAGGGAAGCUCAGGGAGGCAGCUUCCGUGGAAGAGCGAUGCGAGGAGCUAAGCAAUAAUGGUAUUUCUUUCGGUUUGCCAGGACACAUGUUCACCAUGAAUGCUUUGGAUCUUAGAAGAGUUUAUGAGAUAUACUCUAGCAGUUUUGAUGCAGUGGACAGUUCUUCUAUGGAUAUAAAGACAUGAAGCUCUGCUUUCCUAAUUUCUUUCAUCUAUAUGUUGUAGGAAAACACAACAAUGCAUUAAGGGUCCAACAGAAAUAGUCUCUUUUUUACUCUAUCAUAGGGGUAAGAUUGUGUGCAUCUUUAACCCCAUUUUCAGGGUUGGACUUGUACUGUGUUCUGUU